AUGCCCGUGAAUUCCUCCGCCACAUUCGAAGUACGGCGCCCUGGUCUCGGUCUCCCGCUCGACUACUACUUGUCCAAUGGUCCACUGGAUGACCCGGAAGGGGACGUGUUCCCAUCAGCCCUAGUGGACGAGAAUACCCACUGGCGCGCCAACACCAUUACGACCCGCGAGCGUGGCAUGCUCUGGUUCAUAAACCUGGUGACUGAGAAGCCCAACUGGACUACAGACGUCUUUGACGACGCUGUCGUUGCCAGGUGGAGGGCGGAGCUGGAUAGGAAGGUGAGCGACGUGGUCGCGCGGGAGGAAGAGGGCGAGGAGCAGCUGUACCGGGUGCUGCGAGAGAGACGGCUGGCUCAGAUUGAACGGAGGCGUGUCCGUCGGGAGGCACGACGGGCUGCGCGGGAAGCUGUCCUCGCAGAACAGGGCCCAGCCGCCGUACAGGCAGAAGCGGCCAUCAGAGGGAACAGGAGGCGUGCUAGAAUGCCCUCCUUGGACGAGUCGGAUGGGACCCCCGAAGAGGACAGCGAUACUGGACCGACAGUCAAGUCGACUACAAAAGUGGACCCAUUGCGCCGCGGGUUUAGCAACGAAAUGUUCGACUAUUGCAUCGCAGAGUUGCGCGAUAAGGCCACCAUUCAUGACAAGCACGGCAUCGUAUCAGUGUUUGAUGGUGCUGGCGCCGUGUUCAAGACCGACGGCAUUCCCCCCACUCUCCGCAAGGCGCUGCAGUCUGCAAGCGAACGACUCGAAGCGUCACCUGACACCCAAGAUUUCCGGGAGGGCUUUGGCGGUGCCCGUGUGCGUGACCUCAUCGACCCUAGCCUUUGGCCAUUGGUGUACGGUAGGACUCGCGUCCUAAGGGACCGCGAUCUCACUCGUGAGACUUGCCUGGAGGCCUUUGGCAGCGGCGAGACGAUCCCCCCUGCUCCCCACCCUCAUGGUCCCAGGCAGGCUUCCGGCGGAGAGGAACAUGAUACCAGCUUUUCUUCCCUUGGAGAGGCUGCCGCCACCGAGGAGACGCCUGACGAAGCCCGGCACGCGAACACGAGGCUACUUUCCUACAAGUUUCAGUGGCUUCCGUGCGAAGUCGAGGUGGACCACGAGGGUGCACACAUUACAAGCUACAUCAAUAACCUCCAUCCGGUGCAGCACUCCGAGCUGUACACAGCGGUUGAAGGAGUCCUCACAAAGACUCUGCCACUGCUGGACGCGGUGUACGAUCGUGUCAUGACGUGGGAUACCACGUGGUCUGAUGAACUGUGGCCUCUCGAUCGAUGGGGACAUGGGCGUGAGAUCGACGAGAUGUCCAGCGACCCUCGGUGGCAAACCCGCAUCGUUUACGAGGAGCAAUCGCGCCUCUGCUUGACGCCCGGCGAAUGCAGCCUCAACGACCGGGGCAUCUGUGGGUGGCACUACACCCCCGAGAACAAGCGGUUGGACGAGAGGAUGACAAAUACCUCGGACAGCGAAGAAAUGGAGAAGAUCUCGGCAAUACAUUAUACAGCUUGGCAGCGAUACGAGGAGCAGUGGGAGACAACACACCCGUGGAAGACGCUGGAGCCGCGUGAGUACCAGUACCUUGGUCACCGGGAUUACAGACUGGCCGGCCCCUGGUUCAACGGCAAACGACAUCUUCAGGUCAUCGUCAAGAUGGUCACCAUCACCCUCUCUCCCGACAGUCCUUCGUACCCUGGCGGACAGUGGCAUGUCGAGGGAACUCUGAACGAGCGCAUCUGUGCAAGUUCCCUUUAUUACUACGACAUGGACAACAUCACUGAGACUCGUCUCGCGUUCCGCACCGUCGCCAACGGCGAGCGCAUUCCGGACCAUUUUGGCUGCCGACCGGGCAACGGGUUUGGCGUCUAUGGGUUUGACAUUCCAGCAUCUCACAUGGGACCGAUUGUUCAAGACCUCGGCAGCAUACAGGCCAGAGAGGGCCGACUCAUCGCCUUCCCCAACGCGUACCAGCACCGCAUCGAGCCGUUCCAACUCGCCGACAACAGCCGCCCAGGACACCGCAAGAUCCUCGCCAUCUUCCUAGUGGACCCCGCGACCCCUAUCGUCUCCACUGCCAACGUUCCACCUCAACAGCGCCAUUGGGGCUCCUUGCAUCACCUGGACACGAGUCUCCCUCCAGAGCUCCGCGAUGUUAUUUAUGACGAUCUCGGAGCCCCGUUCGACAGGCGUGAGGCAUUCAAGCUGCGCCGGCAGCUCAUGGAGGAGCGCGAUAACCUGUGUCAAACGUCGGCCAACAUCAACCGCCGUCGUAAACCUCCUCGUAUGCUGGCUGGCCAUUCUGACUGA